UGAUCAAUAUUAUACAUCACUCUCUCUCUCCCUCUCUCUCUCUCUAAAAAACCUUUCUCUGUUUCACAACACAUAAUCAAGAAAAGCAGAUCCAAGGUGGUUGUUAAGCUGUCAUUUCAUCAAUCAAUCAAUCAAUCCACAAAGAAAUUAUCAAAUCAAUUCUAAAAGAGUUUCAAAAGGGAAUUCAAAGACGAUGUCCAUGUCCUCCUCCUCUGCAUUGUCGUCUUUGGACCACCUCCCUCCUUCGGAGCAACUCUGCUAUGUCCAUUGCAACAUCUGUGACACUGUCCUCGCGGUUAGUGUUCCCUGCACAAGCUUAUUCAAGACUGUGACUGUUAGAUGUGGCCACUGUACCAAUCUCUUGCCUGUGAACAUGCGGCUGCUCUUGCCGCCGGCUAAUCAGUUUCAUCUGGGUCAUAGUUUCUUCUCUCCAUCUCAUAAUCUUCUGGAUGAGAUCCAAACCCCCAAUCCAAAUUUUUUGACCACUCAAACCAACAUGAACGACUUCACCAUACCAAGCCGAGGAAUGGCAGAUGAGCUUCCAAGGCCACCAGUCAUCAACCGACCUCCGGAGAAGAGACAGAGAGUCCCCUCUGCGUACAAUCGUUUCAUCAAGGACGAGAUCCAACGCAUCAAGGCUGGGAAUCCUGAUAUAACCCACAGGGAAGCCUUCAGUGCUGCUGCAAAAAAUUGGGCCCACUUCCCACACAUUCACUUUGGCCUCAUGCCUGAUCAGCCUGUGAAGAAGACUAACGAAGGAGAAGACGUUCUGAUGAAAGAUGGGUUCUUUUCUUCUGCUAAUGUUGGUGUCUCCCCUUACUAGAAAAUGCAAAUAAUUAAGAAGGGGAGUUGUUGGUUUCUAGUCUUUCUCUGCCUUUAAAUAGUGAUAGCUGAAGCAGUUCAAUUAAUUGUGUUUUCAAUGAUGGGAGAAAUUGAUCUAGUAAAGUUUAACAACCCUAAUCACUCAUAACCUCUGCCGUAUUGAAGCUCCUUUUAUUGUUGAUAUUUUAUGUAGCUUGUACUUCUAUUUAUCUAUGUUUACUUUUGCUUAAUCAUUAAUCGAAAGACUUUUGUAACUUUUG